GUGUCAGCGCCUGCGUCAGACCAGACGCCGGGAGGGAGUUUUCCACUGACGAAAAAGGCUGCGCUUCUCGUCAGUCUGAUCCAGACAAGGGAAGCGCUUCAGCUGGUGCGGAGCCCCGCACGGCAGUCACGCAGCCAGAAGACAAAAAGAAAAAGCACCGAGAGCCGCGUUCUCUCGGCGCGGGGGCGAGAGAAGCGCACGAUUCAUUCAUCCGCGCCAUUUGGAUUAUCAUUAUCCCGUUUUUAGCCACUUCUUUCCUGAUGGUGAUCGGAUACUGGUGAAGUGACUGCUGACACUAGCGCCAUGAGUGGGCUUCUCAAGAGGAAGUUUGAGGAGGUGGAUGAUGAUCCGUGCUACUCCUCACCCUCCUCCCUCUCCUCUGCCUGCUCGGCCUGGGACUCGGAGGGGGAUAGCUGCUACUCUGACACCCUAGAUUCAACUCCCAGCAACCCCAGCUCCCCAGUAACAAACUUCAACACAACGUCCAUCCUUAAGAAGACCAAGAGAGCUCGCCGCGGCAAUGUGACCUUCGACCAAGUGACGGUGUUCUUCUUCCCUCGGUGCCAAGGCUUCACCAGUGUUCCCAGUCGGGGAGGAUGCACUCUGGGCAUGACGCCUCGCCACAGCACCCUCCGCACCUACACGCUUGCAGAGUUCGCUGUGGAGCAGCGACUCCUGCGCAGGGAAAAACUCCUCAACAGGCUCAGGGAAGAGAAACUGGAGUCUCUCAAGAUGAAGCUGACAAAGAACGGAACGCAGGAGAACGAGGAGGCUGAUCGGCUGACGGUGGAUGACAUUCCGGAGCAGGACAUCGACAUCAGCGCAGCCAACCUGGAUGAGGGUUCUUUCCUGCAGCCUUAUGCCUCUAAACAGCGCUAUGCUCUGCUCAAAGCAGCUGGCGUGAAGAAAAUCGACAAGGAGGAGAAGAGGCAGCUGCAUGAGUUGAGGAUCUCCAGGGAGAACUGUGGAUGUGACUGCCAGGGGUUCUGCGAGCCAGAAACGUGCAGCUGCAGCCUGGCUGGCAUCAAAUGUCAGAUGGACCACUCUUCUUUUCCGUGCGGCUGCACUAAAGAUGGCUGCGGGAACACGGAGGGUCGCAUAGAGUUCAACUCCACCCGGGUUCAAACUCACUAUAUCCACACUAUCAUGAAGCUGGAGCUUGAGAAGAGACUGGAGGAGCAGUCUGGCACGGAGGAGGAGGAGGAGAACCCGACAGGUGUCGCCUCCCUUCCAGCAGUGCCCUCCUUCCCCUUCAGCUCAGAGCUGGCGGCAGCCGGAGAGAACAGUUGCAGCAGUGAUAUGACGGACUUUACAGACUCUUCAGGUCAGAGCGAGGACUCGGAUGCAGGCGAGGGCCAGUGCCAGCAACACAGCUCUCUGGAUGUGGACGAGAAAGGCCUGAGCCGCAUCCUCUGUUUCAGCGACACGGAGAACAGCUCGAGGAGCAGCGGAGAGGGCGAGGAUAAGAACAGUCAGAAGAACACUAGUUUUGCAGAGCAGCAGCAGCAGCAGCAGCAGCAGCAGCAGCAGCCCUCCACAGAGGCCUUCAGCAGCUUCAGCAUGGUGGACUUUGCUGAUGAGAAUGACAACAUAGAUGCACAACUGUUGGACUCUGCGAGCGAUCACACAGACAAUCGAGCAACGGCCAUUUCAGAACUCUUGGAUGAGAACGCCAACCAAGGAAAUGCCCUUUUCCACAGCAGCAGCGUGCCACACACCCCCUCGCCCACCGUUGAUCGCUCUGCAAGCUACAGCAUGGACCUGAGCCUCUCGUCUGAGUCAGACCUGGAGUUCUUUGAUGGCUUCCCCUGCUUGGGGCCGAGCUCGCUCUACAACUCCCUGAAGGAGUACGAGCACAUGGACAACUUUUUUCAAUUUCAGAUGCCUAGUUAUCCCAGUUUCCCUGCAGCGACAGAUCCCGGGACCUGCCUUCUGGAGUCACUGAUCGGCCUUUCAGAAUCUGUCCCCGAACCCCCCGCCACAUUUACAGACAAUCAGCUGAUGGAGGAAGCCAUGAAACUGUCUGUGAUGGAGUCUGUGAAAGUUUGAUCCGCAAUGGGGGUGCUGUAAGAAAAGACGGGUGUCAAAAGUGGGCUGAAAAUGCACAUAUGAUGUCAACACGUUGGAGGACGCUGUGAUUUCCCUCCUGCCUAAUAAACGUUCUGAUUCCAGACUUGCCUUCAAAAUGUUAGCAAAGCAGUUUGGGAUCAUCGCUGUGUGAGAUGGCAGCUAGUGUUAAAAGUUCCAAAUUGGAGAUCCUGUUUGACCAGGCCCAUAGAAACCAUUGAUGGCUCUCGGUUCCUAAGAAAGCUCUUGAAACCAAACCAAGAUCAUCGACCAUAUGCUGAACAUGAUUGAAGCUGAACUGUGGCCAGGUUGGGAAUCUGAACACAGCUGAAUGUGCACCUCAGGGAUUUUUUUCUAGCUUUCUAGCUUUUGAAGGCAAUGUAUGGUGACCAUUGCUGUGACGGCCUUUCUUCUGAAACCUGAGUCUGAUUGCAAGAUAGUCCUGUUUGGGCCGUCCGCUCGGGCCGGAUACCAGACGACUCGAUCGCUGGGUGCGCUCCGGAGGCGGCGCCCUCACAAUCUAUCCCAAGGGUCUUCUAUGGUACAAAAAUAUUUUAUAAAAGUAUCACCUGUGAAAGCUCCUCGAUCAGCACUUUAUCUGUAAAAAAAUCGUUAUGUAUGCAUAGGCAUUGUUUUGGUUCAAGGGGACGGAUCCAACAGUUUGACGCUAAAGUUAAAAGCUUCUUAUUUAUUAGCUAGAAAACAAGAAUCAGUGCUCAUACUCUUAAAUGCUGUAGCUGUAUUAUCAUUAUUGCUUUUAACUUAUAAUUUCCUUUUUUUUUUAUUUAUUGCAGAUAAAGUCUUUGUUUCAAGCAGCACUGUGGUUUACUCACCCAAAAAGUGCAAUCUUCUUUCCUUUUCUUUGGUUUCUGUAUCACAUUAAGGCAUUGUUAUGGGAAAUGGGACCACGAGUCCUUCAGCAAGUAUUUAAUAUGUUCCUUUUUGUUCUAAGUUAUUCUGUCAUUAUUUCAAUAGUUAUUUAAUUUUAACACAUUUUGGGCAAUAAGGUGGGCUGUUGUGAAGUUUACUGGAUGUGCCUGUAUAUCCGGGGAGCCAUGCCUGCCAGUGGUGUGAGCACGGUGCUUCCAAUUGAGCUUUGGGACUGAAAACUGUGGAAAUCACCCUAAUCAAUGAGACUAAAUUAUGGCUCUAUUAUAUUUCUGCCUAUGAUAUAACCAUAGAAAAUUACACUAAUGUUUUGUAACUAAUUUAUGUAGAAUCAGAAAGAAAAUUCUAAUCGCUGACAAAUUGAAUAUUUUAUUAAAGAAAGACAAAUGAGUCAUUUUCAAUCUGGGACAGCAUUUGUAAUAUACUAAUUAUAAAGAAAUGUAUACUUGUGAACGUUAUUGCUCUCCUGCAUUCUGAAGUAUUUUUGUAGGGAGUUUCAUUAUCUUAGAGAAAUGCCACUAAAACGAAGUAAAUUGCAAAGAUCAAUUUGAUUGUACGCUUUGGAAGUCUGUGACUUGGCUUAAAAAUGUUAUAACAUGUGAGGGGUUGUUUGUGGAUAAAAACUGCAUAUAUUAUACAAUUUUUACCACAAACAAGCCCUGGAAUUUGAAGAAUUGCCUCAUUCAUUGCAGAGCUAGAUCUUUUUCAAGGUGAAGAGCUGAGGGACACUAAGAGUCGAUGUACAUAUCUCACCCUUUCUACAGCUGUUUCUACAGUCUUUCUGGACCCUUUACAAAUACUGCAUGCAGGUCCGGUUUGUCAAAACAAGUUCUGAUUAACUGUAUACUUUGAAAAGUGCAAAAUUGCACAUUGGAAAUGUAUUAUUCGCUUUUUUUGCCUUUAUAAUUACUCUGAAAUCCAUCUGAUAUGUUUUUAUGCCUCCAACAGGGGUUUUGCAGAACAGAUUUUCUUGUAUAAAACUUCAAAUGUGAUGAAGAAAUGGGAACCAUGAGUGUUUCAGUGUAAUGUAUUACAGUACAGUUCAUUUUUUUUAUUUCAAAAGAGAAGUGUCUUACUUUUUUUCUGCCUUUUGUGUUGUGCAUAUUUCUGCUUGAAAGGUCCUGCAGAGCAAACAAAUCUGCUUUAUUUUUUACAUAUUCCCACAUUAAUCUACUGUUUGAAAACAGUUUCUUUCAUCCAAGCCAUUUUGAAAUUGGUCCCUCCAGAUAAUAAUUAAAAAAAAAAUCUUUUAUAAUGA